GCCCACAGUGCACCCUGGGGCUGGCUUUCCCGGCACAGCCCAUGGAAGGGGGAACAGAGGCGCAGGAGCUGUGCCCGAGGGGCGUUGCUUCCCCGGUCGGAUGUAACUCCUGCGGCUUUGGAGGAAGCUGCCGGAGCCCUCCUUGUGCGGGGCCGAGCGCUGCCCUUCCUGCCUUUGGGGGCCUUGCUCCACAUCCCACUCCAUGGGGUCUCCCACCCCAGUCCCCCUCAGAGCCAGAGGGGGUGCCGUGACCCUGGCUCGUUCCCAAUGGAGCCGCUGGUGCCAGAGCCUGGGGAAUGAGGGUCCCAGAGCACCUCAGUGGUGCCCAGGGCAGAGGGAGAGCGGCUCCUUGCAGCAUCCCCCCGCAGCCCCCUCCCCCUGCUGCAGAUAAAGGGGUUUGUUAUCAGCCCCACGGGCUCGUUAUCAGCCCGGCUCUGGCCACUGAUCCACUGCCGUUGGCCACCACAAACCCAGCCAGGGGGACUCCUUCCCCAGCGCUGGGACCACUGGGAUGGCACUGAGGGCAAUCAGGUCAGUGAGGGAGUGACCUGGACCCUCAGUCCUCCAGCUUUUGAGAAGGGAUACCUGAGUGGGGGCUGGAAAUGGAGGCGUGUUCCAGUGGGACAGAGAUAGCCGGGAUUGUUAUUAAUAGUCAUUAAUAACACGGCUCAGUAACGGUGCUGCUCAUUAAUGGGGUUCUGGCCACGGCAGGAGCAGCCUGGGCAGCCUCUGUGAUCCCAGGGGCGGCUCCUCUGCGGCGCUGGGGUUUCCCUAAUGCCGCUAAUUAGCGUUAAUUAACCUACACUGGGGAGUGGGGGGUUCCGCCCCUUCUUUAAUCGAAGAUGGCAUUUUAACCAGAACUGGGACACCCUCAGGGUUCUGCUGCCAGUUGUAGAAGCUUUUGGGUUUAAUUCCUCACUGCCUCCAAUCUGGCUGUCCCAGCACUGGAUAUGGGAUCGUUCCUUAUCUCCAGCCUGAUUAAGCCCUGGCUUGUUCUCCCUGCUGACGCUGCGGACCCUCUCAGUGUCUGGUUCAGUGGCUGCCACGUCCCUGCCUCUGGGGCCCCCCAACCCACAUCCCUGUUUAGCAGCCCCUUUACCCCCUGAGACCACUCUGUCUCAGUUUGGAGACUCCUGUGAGCUCCCCCCUCUUUCAGCCACUGAAUUCCCCCCAAACCCCUCCUUUACACCCCUUUGCUGGGAGAAGGGCCCCACUGUGCCUGCGAGGGGUUGGGGGUCUCUGUGUCCCCCCCAGCCUCCAUCCCUGCACUCAGGUGUUAAACCUGCCUCUUCCACAGCCUGUCCCGUGUUCAAUCUGCCCUCAGCCCAGCUCAGACCCCCCUCAGCCCAGGUUCCAGCCCAGACCUCACAGUGUGUCCCCAGGGCACUCAGGGCUCUUCAGACUUCAUUCACUCUGCAAAGUCCUGCUUGGCUUCUCCGGUGCUUUUCCCCAAAGCUGGAAUUGUGUUCAGUCCCAGUGGGACAUCCACAGCACACGGCCCUGCCACCAGAGGGCCCCCCUCCUGACCCUGUCCCCUCAGUAUUUAUUUGUGGGUCGGGGGGAUGUCUGUUCUCUCUUGGCUAAGCCGAAGGCACUGCUGCAUCCGGCUCCGUGACUGACCUGCGGAGCUGGGAUGCACUGGGAGCUCCACUGGCAGCUGGUCCUGUGGCAGCCAUUGCCCUAAAAUGGGCUUUUUGCAGCAUGGGUGGUCCCAGAGCCUUCCCCCCCCCCCCCGCCAGAUUUUUGAUAAAUGCCUAAAAAAGUCUCCCUGGCAUGUUUUGCUCAAAAUGGGGCCCCAGCACUGGGGGACCCCCCGGAGCCACCGCUGUGUGCACAGUGCAGCAAACCUGGGAGCAAAACGGGGAAUCCUGAGUGCCAAAUGCAAAAUGCCAAAUGCAUCCCCCCUCCUCCAGUGCGACUCCACCCAGUGUGAACCCCCCCCCCCAGUGUGACCCCCUGCCACCAAGUGCCCGAGGUGACACCGCCCGUGCGAAAUGCAACCCCGGCGUGUGACACCCCAGCGCCGAAUGCGGCGCCCGGAGCUGAAACCCCAAAUGCUGCCAGAACCCUGAGGCCCCCCCCCGGCCCUGAGCCCCCCCCAGCGCUGCUGCCCUGAUCCCAGCACCAAAGCCAAUCUUGGUGGGCGGCCAGACCCCCCGGGUGUGGCAGGGGACGGGGUUAUCUCGGGGGUCGGCGCAUUGACACGCGGGUGAGAGCUCGGUGAAACCCCCCGGGAAGGAGCCAGAUGGAGGUGGGGGGAGCUGUGAAGUUUCCCACGGGGGCUCCCCCCCAGCCAUCCGUCGCUCCUGCCCUGUCCUGUCCGUCCCAUCCAGGAGGAGGGCGGGGAGGAGGAGGAAGGGGAGGUAACUCGGUGGGAUUUGCAGGGUGGCUCAGGGGCUGGAGGAGCGGGUGAGCCCGGGAUGAGCUGAGCUGAGCUGAGCCCAGCCCAGCGCCGGGAUGGAGGAGGCAGCGGACGCCUACGCCUACAGUGACAACGAGACGUACUGCGAGUACACGGAGUGGGGCCCCUCGCUGGCCCUGCUGCCCACCAUCUACCUGCUGGUCUUCCUGCUGGGCACCGCUGGCAACGGGCUGGUCCUCUGGACCAUCUUCAAGGGCGGCCGCGACCGCCGGCGCUCCGCCGACACCUUCAUUGCCAACCUGGCGGCUGCCGACCUCACCUUCGUGGUCACCCUGCCCCUCUGGGCCGCCUACACCUGGCUGGGCUACCACUGGCCCUUCGGCACGGCCGCCUGCAAGGUCAGCAGUUACCUGGUCUUUGUCAACAUGUACGCCAGCGUCUUCUGCCUGACGGGGCUGAGCUUCGACCGCUACCUGGCCAUCGUCCGGCCCCUGGCCACCGCCAAGCUGCGCUUGCGGGUCAGCGGGCUGGUGGCCACCGUGGCCCUGUGGUCUCUGGCGGCCCUGCUGGCCCUGCCGGCCCUGGUGCUGCGGCGGGCGGCCGCCCUCGGCGAGGACCCCAGGAUCACCUGCUACAUGGACUACACGGACCUGGAGGCCCUGGGGUCGGAGGGCGCCUGGGAGGUGGGGCUGGGGCUCUCCUCCACCGCCGUGGGGUUCGUGGCCCCCUUCGCCGUCAUGCUCACCUGCUACUUCUUCAUCGCCCGCACCGUGGCCACUCACUUCCGCCGGGAGCGGGCCGAGGGGCUCCGCAAGCGCAAGCGCCUCCUCACCAUCAUCACGGUGCUGGUGGCCACCUUCGGGGGCUGCUGGCUGCCCUUCCACCUGGUCAAGACCCUCUACGUGCUGAUGGACCUGCAGGUGCUGCCCUGGUCCUGCGCCCUGCACACCUUCCUCAACAACCUCCAUCCCUACUGCACCGGCGUCGCCUACAUCAACAGCUGCCUCAACCCCUUCCUCUACGCCUUCUUCGACCCCCGUUUUCGCCACGCCUGCGCCGCCCUCCUGUGCUGCCGGGCCCCCGGCCCCGGCCCCGAGCGCUCUGCCAGCUACUCCUCCGGGCACAGCCACCCCCCCGGGGGCAAGGGGGGCCCCGGCCCGGGGGGCAAGCUGGACCCCGCCACCCAGGAGACGCUCUUCCGCGCCUGAGCCCCCCCGGCCACCCCCGGCGCCCCCCGAGCUGGUCUCCUCGGGGGGGACCCCUCCCACCUCCGCCUUGCCCCAGAGCCUGGCUUGCUUUGGGGACCCCCCCCGCUGGAAAGCCCUGCUCACGGGAAGGGGAAAGUGGGGCAGGGGCUGGGGAGGAGCCCCUGGGGGGCUCGGGCGGGGGCGGCUCCCCCAGCACCCUUUUGUGUUUUGUGUCAAAUAAAUGAGUUUUUGGUUAAAAAA